AUGACUGUAGAGCUACCCGAUGACAGUCGUUUUUCCCGAUACUGGAGACUUAUCAGGAGCACCGCUUGGUUUAUGCGUGCAGUACACAACUGGAUGCACAAGAGUAGCAAGCGACACGGUGAGUUGACAGCCGACGAAGUUAAAGUAGCGGAGCUAAUCUGGAUUAGAGAAAGCCAAAGACGAAUGUUCUCAGACGAUAUAGAAAGUGUCAAGAAAACCGGACAAGUGAAGCGAGAUUCUCCGCUCCGUCAACUUACACCAUUUUUAGACAAGGACGGCAUCCUCCGUGUUCGUGGGAGGAUCUGCAGAGCAGAUGGUGAUAACGAUUUCAGGCACCUUAUAAUUUUGAAUCCAAAAGACAGAUAUGUGAAAUUACAACUUAUGCAGUAUCACGUGGACUCAGCACAUAAUGGACGCGAACGUGUGCUGCAUGAAGUGAGACGACGAUUCUGGAUAAUAAAUGGACGUAAUGCAGUAAAAAUGACAUGGAAUGACUGUCAGUUCUGCAAGAACAGUCGUGCGAAGCCCUCGCCACCAGUCAUGGCUGAUUUACCAGAUGUUAGAUUGAAGGAGGUCAGUCGACCUUUCACUUACACCGGGUUAGAUUAUUUCGGUCCAAUUAUAGUGAAGGUUGGACGUAGACACGAGAAAAGAUGGGUAGCACUAUUUACAUGUCUGACAGUUCGCUCUAUCCAUCUAGAGUUAGUUCACGAUUUGACAACCAGCUCCGUGUUGAUGAGCCUCAGACGGCUGAUAGCGAGACGAGGCUGUCCAAGUAUUAUUUUAAGCGACAACGCGACUACUUUUCGUGGGGCUGACCGUGAACUGAAGCGAGCUGUACAAGCUAUCGACAAAGACGAACUCAUCACCUUCGGUAGCAUCCGACACUUGGAGUGGCGAUUCAUAGCCCCUGACGCACCUCAUAUGGGUGGAUGCUGGGAGCGGCUCGUGAGAUCCGUCAAAACAAGCUUGCGAGUAACGCUCAAGACCAGAACACCUAACGAUCAGACANCAAUCAAAAAAAAAAAAAAAAACCACAGUUCACCAGUCUUCUGA